ACACUGAGUCGUCACUAGAAUAAUGUUUCAUACGUUGCGCUCUAGGAGAACUUCUACAAGUGCCACAUCAAGCACAUUAAAAGAAAAGUUGAUAGAAAAUGAAGCAUCCAAACCAGGUGUCUCGUCAAAGAGAGUCCCUUAUGUUGUCUUCUUUAUUGCCUUGUGUACUGUUCUUUUCUGCAUUGGAUUCUUAUUUGGCUCCCAUAAAAUCAAAUUCAAGAGUGAUUCUCAGAAUAAAGAAGCUUCUGCUGUAACGGAACAAGCUACUUGGAGUUCAACAGUGUGGGAAGAGGAGAGUCAACUGGAAGAGCAGCUACCAACAAAGACAUCGGCAAGGACAAAGGAUAAUUGGAAAAACUCUUUACUAUUUGACUCCAGUCCCGUAUAUCAAGGGCGUCCUUGGGAUGAUAUAGCACAUGAAGUUGCAAUUGCUGUGAAAACAGGCAAAGCAGUAUCAAAAGAAAGGAUACCAAAACACAAUGAAACCUGGUGGAAAAGAAUUCCAAACUUAUUGUUGAUAUCUGAUGUAAAGGAAGAUGAAAUGAACUCUGUUGGCUUGAAAGAAAUGUACGAGUUGCUGCCUAGAAACUUUAGUAAGCUACUGGGGUUGGAACAACUAGAGACAGCAGAAAAAGAAGUUGAAAAGCAACCUGCCUUCUUUGGAGAGAUGACGGAAGGAUUUGUGCUGGAUAGUAAGAAGAAUCUUCCAGGUUUUCUAGCACUAUAUAAACAUUUUCCGAAUAAGAAAUGGUAUAUCAUGUUGGACGAUGACACAUUUGUUUUUUUGGAUAAUCUCGCACUCACUUUGCAGAUGGAUCAUUUUCGUCUUUUGGCUGAAGAACAACCUUUUUAUUUGGGAAAUCCUUUCACAGUAAGUGACUGCGAUAAAUAUGGAGAAUUCUUUGAUGAGGAAGGCAAACCUAACCCAUCAUUUGCUCACGGAGGUUCUGGAAUCGUUCUUUCAAAAGCUGCAAUGGAAAAGAUAAUCCCUCAUAUUCCAUGGUGUAUAGAACGUUGGGAUGUUUGUAAAGAAGGAGAUGCUCGAGUUGGUCUUUGUUUGCUCUCUUUUCAAGUUCUCUUAACAGAAUUACAGCCCUUCUUUUAUCACGAAACGCCGAGCAAAUACUUUGAAGAGUAUGCAUCUUUAACAGGCAAUCGACAAGGAAGACCAGAGGCUCUCCCUGUAACGUUCCAUCAUAUCAAGGGUUCUCUAGUGGAUGAAAUGCUUCAAUUAGAGAAGGAAGCUAUCACAAGACAAUGGUUGGUAACCUAUGCGGACCUCGCGAAAGCAUUUGCUCCUGGAGACUUUGAAUUUGCUUAAGACUUAUAUUAAACAUCUCAUUUGGAUA